AUGGCCCUCGAUCGACUGAAGCAAGCAGCGUCACACAUAACGGGAAUUGGAGAGCCUCCACACCCGUUCGAUCCUUUGAGUGAAUCCGAGAUUGAGCGCGCAGUCGCUAUCAUCAGAAAAGAGCACAACGAUGUGUUCUUCAACGCCAUCACGUUGUUGGAACCGCGUAAGGCAGAGAUGAUGAAAUGGCUAAAAGAUCCCGAGCACACACCACGACCACAUCGAGUUGCCGAUGUAGUUUGCAUUGGCCGCGGAAGCAAGGUGUACGAUGGACAUGCAGAUUUGACUGAAGGCAAGAUUGUCACAUGGGCAUUGACUGAUGACGUGCAACCACUUAUUACUAUGGAGGAUUUGCAAAUAGUAGAGACGAUUGUGCGGAAAGAUCCGAAGGUUAUCGAACAAUGUGGCAUAAUCGGUAUCCCACCGGAGGACAUGCACAAGGUCUACUGCGACCCGUGGACUAUUGGCUACGAUGAACGCUUCGGCACCAAAGUCCGUCUUCAGCAAGCCCUCAUGUACUACCGUCCACACGUUGAUGACUGCCAAUACACGUACCCGUUGGAUUUCUGCCCUAUCUAUAACUCCGACACCCAAGAGAUCAUCCACAUUGAUGUUCCACCAGUCCGAAGACCUCUCAACCAGGCUCCACCGAACAACUAUCAUGCAGCUGCUAUCGAAGCUGAAGGUGGGUUUAAGACCGAUUUGAAACCCAUCAACAUCACACAGCCGGAAGGCGUCUCAUUCAAACUUGAUGGGCGAUAUAUUAGUUGGGCGAACUGGAAGCUGCAUAUUGGCUUCAACUACCGCGAAGGCCUAGUCCUGUCCAACAUCACGUUCAACGAUAAAGGCACUGUUCGCGAUACCUUCUGGCGCCUCUCACUUGCGGAGAUGGUGGUGCCGUACGGUAAUCCAGACCAUCCACACCAGCGCAAACACGCCUUUGACCUUGGAGAAUAUGGUGGCGGAUACAUGACCAACUCGUUAAGCCUGGGCUGUGAUUGCAAGGGCGCAAUCCACUACAUGGACGCAGCAUUUGUCAAUCGCGCCGGCCAGGCAACGACCAUUAAGAACGCUAUUUGCAUUCACGAAGAAGAUGCCGGUAUUCUGUUCAAGCACACAGAUUUCCGCGAUGAUAGCGUUACUGUCACUCGUGCUCGCAAACUCAUCAUCUCACAGAUCUUCACUGCUGCGAAUUACGAGUACUGCGUAUACUGGAUCUUCCAUCUAGAUGGAACCAUUCAACUGGAGAUUAAGCUUACCGGAAUUCUGAAUACAUAUGCGAUGCUACCGGGCGAAGAUUUGAAAGGCUGGGGAACGGAGGUCUACCCUGGCGUGAAUGCGCAUAACCACCAGCACUUGUUCUGCAUGCGCAUAGAUCCAAACGUGGACGGCCCAGAGAACACUGUGUUUAUGGUGGACGCAGUACGUGGCGAAGGCGAAGUCGGCAGUGCGGAGAACAAGUACGGCAACGCCUUCUACGCGAAGAAGACAAAGCUCAGCACCCCUGAGCAAGCGGCGACUGACUACAAUGGCGCCACGAGCAGAACAUGGGAAAUGGCCAACACCAACAAGCUGAACCCGUAUAGUAAGAAGCCGGCUUCUUAUAAGCUGGUGAGCAGGGAAGUGCCUGAUCUGCUACCCAAGCCCGGAAGUUUGGUGUGGAAGAGAGCGGGUUUUGCGAGACAUGCAGUGCAUGUCACCAAAUACGAUGACACGCAGCUCCACCCAGCAGGCCGUCACGUCCCGCAGACCUCUGGCGAACCGUCUCAAGGCAUCCCCGCCUGGAUCGAGGCUAACCCCCACGAGAACCUUGACAAUACUGAUGUCGUCUUGUGGCACACAUUCGGAAUUACACAUUUCCCAUCGCCGGAAGACUUCCCCAUCAUGCCUGCUGAGCCGAUGACGCUGUUGCUGAGACCUCGCAAUUUCUUCACACGCAACCCUUGUAUGGAUGUUCCCCCUAGCUAUUGCAGCGUUCCGAGCGGCGUCAAGCAGGGCAGCACAUUGGUAGAUAAACUUUCUCGCCUGGCGUUUGGAGAGGAGAAGAAGCCUGAAAGCACUGCUGCUUCGACCUGUUGCUCGGAUCAGAAGUUUGGGGCAGCUGUCCGCGGGUCGUUCCGAUGGCAGGUCCAAGCUUCCACCGAGUCCACAUCCGAUAACUUCUCUCCCCCACGAUUGUUGGCGGCGUCUGCACCACCGCGUGACAGCAGCCAUGAUAUAGCAUCCUUCACUCCACCAACACAGUGCCGUCCUGAUCCUAGCAAGUCUGAGGAUGUUCUUGCCGGUUUCGACUGCCUACCAUCCGAGCCCGCAAUGCCCCGCGCAUUUCCACCCGUAGAGCAAAAUGAUAAAACGAAACGAGCAAACGCGCCUAGGAGCCCUUUAUCAGCAUCUCUUGUUGAGAGUAUAGCCGGAUUCAGCGCCGGUGUCGUCUCUUGCCUCGCCGCGCAUCCACUCGACUUGUUGAAGAACCGACUGCAGCUCAAUACACAAAGCCGAUCGCGACCUGGUGACUCGUAUCGAAUACUUCGAAACGUCAUCAAGGACGAAGGGGGCGUACGCGCAUUGUACAGAGGGCUAUGGCCAAACUUGUUGGGCAACAGUCUAGGCUGGGGCUUGUACUUCCUCUUCUAUGGCAAUCUGAAAGAACUAUUCCAAAGUAGAAGGCAAAAAGGAGAGCAUCUUGGGAGUGCUGAGUUCUUUUCCGCGAGCAUCAUUGCUGGUAUGUUGAGGAACGGUACUCUGAUGUGCCUUACUGACCGUUUGCUAGGCCUUCUCACUGGAGCUUGCACAAACCCUAUAUGGGUAGUGAAAACCCGUAUGCUUGAGCGCGGCGCGAAUCAUCCCUCUGCAUACAAGUCGAUGACCUUUGGUCUCCGUCACGUAUACGAAACUCGAGGAUUGACGGGGCUAUGGGCAGGCUUUUUGCCUUCGUCUCUGGGUGUACUACAUGGUGCAGUACAAUUUAGCAUUUAUGAGAAUAUGAAGAAGAGACGGGGAACACAUAUUGGCGGGCAAGAUAAGCUAAGCAAUUGGGAGUACGUCUACAUGAGCGGCGGAAGCAAAUUACUAGCUGGAGCGAUCACGUAUCCGUAUCAGCCAAUAAGAGCGAGGUUGCAACAGUACAAUGCCGCUCAGCAGUACAACGGACUGCUGGAUGUGCUUAGAAAGACUUACCAGAACGAAGGAUUCCUGGCGUUCUACAAAGGUGUUAUUCCCAAUACGCUGCGAGUUAUUCCAACCACUGUCGUCACGUUCCUGGUUUACGAAAACACCAAAUUAUAUUUGCCAAAGGUCUUUGACGACGACGAGCAGCAAAGCCACGACGAAGACUAG